AUGGCAGUGGACGAACAUAAUAGAAAGGACGGGAUAGAGACGUUUAUCGUUAAUCAAACAAGGGAGGAAGAUGGAGAAGAAGACAAUGGAAAAAACGCGCGAAAAAACAGCCUUGUCCUUGCCACGUUUCUGCUGGAACUAAUUAUUUUGGUGUUUAUGGUGGUAUUGGAAUACUUUCUUAGAUGGACGUCACUGUUCCCUAUCGUCCGACUAUCGUUUUCAUGUACUGACCCCUCCAUCAGUGCUCGGGCAACUGAAUCGGGCUUCGCCAGUUUCGUUUAUGACGGCAGUGUUCCUCAUGCCACGAUCUACGCUCUUAGCUUCUGUGUUCCUCCGUUUGUGGUACUUGUAGGAGAGAUCGGGGUCUGGGCCUUCACUGACGAGAGACAGAAACCAAUAUGGUUAUCGUGUAACGGAAUGAAGGUUCCACAAGUCGUGAGACGUCUUAUUAGGUUUAUCGGAGUGUUCGUGUUCGGGGCCUUUACUGUGAUGGUGUUUGCUGACGUAACAAAGUUAUUGACGGGACGUCUUCGCCCAGUGUUUUUGGAGGUUUGUCGUGUAAACCACACGCUUUGUGAUGCUCAGGGAGGCCAAGGUAGUGACGAGCUGUGUGCAGAGACAGAUGAGAUGAGACUCAGAUACGCAAGAACCUCGUUUCCGUCGAUGUAUUCCGCUCUUUCGGCCUAUUCUGCUAUAUUUCUAACGAUAUACCUGCACGGUGCCAUGCGUACCCGCUCUGUCCGCAUCAUAAGACCGUUCCUCUCACUUGCCUUCGUCAUGCUGGCGUUGCUGUGUGGACUACUGGAGUACGGGUUGAGGGUUUGUCACUGGGACGAUGUUGUCGUCGGGCUUGCCAUGGGUGUGGCUAUCGCCGUUUACUUUGGGUCGGCGAUUCUCCACAACUUCCGGGAACAUGUGCCGGAAAAGAUAGUGCUGUCCUUGCUUCACCGGUUCCUGUUGGAUAACCAGAUUUUAGAGGAACUGUUGAAGGAGAGUGGACAACUAAAACUUCCGAAAAGCAAAGACCUAUACAUUCCAAGAGCACAUAUGAGACGAACAUCCGGUCUAGAAGAUGAUGACACAAAACAAAGAGCCCGGAUGUAUGACCACUUUCAACGUGAUUUAUCGACAACAGUAGAUCACUUCCGGGAGAGAAGGAAUUCACAAAUGGAUCCUACCACGCAGUUGUGA